AUGGGAGAACAAUUUGCGAAUGCAUUUUUUGAUACAGCGAAAAAAAUAGAAAUUGCUAAAUCAUUAGAUGCAUUUGGAGUAGAAUAUAUCGAAUUAACAUCACCGGCUGCAUCUGAACAAUCAAGACAAGAUUGUCAAGAAAUUUUCAAUUAG